GUUGAUAAAUUCAAAUGUUAUGGUCUGCAUUUGCAUUUGUUGUUGUUACUGCCGUACACGUUGUGAGCGCUUGGCAAAAUGGAACAGGAGAUUGGCACCUGGGACUCAGUUCUGCUGGAAAACCUGUCCGAGGAUAGCUUCAUAAAUAACAUACACCAGCGUUACAAACGCGAUCACAUAUAUACCUACAUUGGAACUUCUGUUGUGGCUUUGAAUCCAUAUCAUCACAUAUCUGACCAUUCUUUGGAAAACAUACGCAACUAUGGCAAUAAAGGCAUUUUUCAACUGCCACCACACAUCUAUGGGCUUACAAAUUUGGCUUAUCAGUCUCUCAAGGAUCAGAGCGAGGAUCAGUGCGUGCUGCUCACCGGCGAAGGUGGCGCUGGCAAAACGGAGACCUUCAAAAUGAUUGUCAAUUUUCUCACACACAUACAGGAUCGAACGCUUUGCAGUGGCACUCCGAAUGCAUUACGCAAACAGUCCUCCAGUAGCUCUGCGAGCGGCAUGGGCCUGCAUGUUCAUAGACGCGCCUCAAGUAGCUGCUCCGGCACUGCCAACUUUAUCAUAUGCAAAAACAAUGCCGCUUCCACGCCCAGCCAAGGAAGCACUUGCAAUUCACGUCGCCAGUCGCCGUCACCGGGUCCAGGUCCAGGACCGACGCAACGAUCGCGUACGCGAGCGGAGAGCAUUGAGCGCCAAGCCAGGCGCAAUAUGCGUGAAAAGAUUGUUGACUUUGAUUUCUCGCAUCACAAAAGCACCGAGAAUAUCAGCACGCUGCUGGAAUCGGCUGCCGCACUUGCCCAUUUGCAUCCAGCGAAAUCCUGCUUCAAGCACCAACACACACAAGUAAACACCUGCACUGCCACUUACGGGCCACUGGCCAAUACGCCCACUAAAAUGAGCGCCACCACAUCGCCCAAGUACUUGCACGGCGGCGGCUGUCGUCAGUGUGGCCACAGCAAAUGCACACGUGCCCAGAGCCUGGAGAAAGAGGAACGGGAUGCCGCCCUGCUAAUGUUGCGAGGAAGCAACACUCGCCUGUCCACAGCCCACCAAACGCAACCUCAGCGCGGUAGCUGUUCGAAUCUCGUGCGACAGCACUCAACCGAAAGCCAGUCGGAUCGACAAUUGUCCAUUGGCUCCACGCAACGUAUAUCGCUGUACGAUGCACACAAGCUGAGCAAAGUGCUGGGCAGCACCACCUCUGUGUCGCCCACGCCAUCGGUCAGCUCCUCACUGCAUCGACGCCACAGGUCACCCAGUCAACGCUUGCGAGAGUGCGUCACAUGCGCGGAUGUUUUUCUGGAGGCCAUGGGCAAUGCCUGCACUCUGAAAAACAACAACUCCAGCAGAUAUGGCAAACUAUUUGACAUUGAAAUUAAUUUUAAAGGUGAUCCAAUGGGCGUCCACAUAACACACUAUAUGCUGGAAAAGACUCGUAUAACAGACACAACGAUUGGAGAGCGCAAUUUUCACAUAUUCUAUCAAUUGCUGUUGGGUGCUGAUCUCCAGUUGCUAAAAUCACUGAAGCUCUUUCGUAAUGUGGAAAAGUAUGAGCUGUUACGCAACACGACCGCCAUGGAAGAAGAUCGUGCCAAUUUUCAUUACACAAAGCGCUCUCUGGACGUGCUGGGUCUGAGCUGUGAUGAGACUAACUCAAUUUUUCGAGUUAUCGCCGUCGUGUUGAAGCUGGGCAACUUUAUUUUUGUGCCCGUGACCAACAUUGAUGGCACCGAGGGCUGUCAGGUUUCAAAUAUCUACGAGGUGCAAGAAACGGCGCAGCUGCUCAAUUUGGAAGCUCAAAUUUUAAUUAAUUGCCUGACCAGAGCGAAUAGCACUAGCAGCGCGCAGGAGGAUGUGGGCUGUGAAAUGGACGCCAGGCAGGCAGCCAGCAAUCGGAACACGCUCUGUCGUACCCUCUACGGUCGUCUAUUCACCUGGUUGGUCAACAAGAUCAAUGAAACAAUGAAGUCCACGCAGCGUGAGAAGAAUCUCGCUUUGCUGGACUUCUAUGGCUUUGAGGUGCUGGAUUAUAAUUCCUUUGAACAAUUUGCUAUCAACUACAGUGCCGAGAAAAUACAUCAUAAUUUUGUGUUCAAUGUUUUGCGUUCAGAGCAGGAGCUGUAUUUGCGCGAAGGCUUGGAAUGGUCGCGCAUCGAUUACUUUGACAACGAGUCCAUAUGUGAGCUGAUUGAUAAGCCGAGCUAUGGUAUUUUAAGUCUAAUCAACGAAUCCCAUCUGAGCAACAAUGAGGCACUCCUCCUGCGCGUCCAGCAAUGCUGCGCAGGUCAUCCCAAUUUCAUGACAAGCGGCAGCAAUUCCAUGUGCUUUCAAAUUCGUCAUUUUGCCAGCGUUGUUAACUAUUCGAUACAUAGAUUUUUGGAGAAAAAUUCAGACAUGCUGCCCAGAUAUAUAAGCGCUGCAUUUUACCAGAGUAAAUUGACGCUGGUGCAGAGCCUGUUCCCGGAGGGUAACCCACGCAGGCAGGCAUGCAAAAGGCCAACAACACUUAGCACCAAUAUACGCACGCAGCUGCAAACGCUGCUGGCCAUUGUGAAGCAUCGUCGCGCCCAUUAUGUAUUCUGCAUCCGGCCCAACGAGUGCAAACAGUCGCAUCAGUUUGAUCUGGCGUUAGUGCAGCAUCAGGUGCGCUACAUGUCGCUGAUGCCGCUGGUGCAUCUGUGCCGCACCGGACACUGCUACCACCUGCCACAUGCGAAGUUCUUUCAUCGUUACAAGCUGCUCAAUAGCCUUACUUGGCCCCAUUAUCACGGUGGCAGUCAAGUGGAGGGCAUUGCUCUGAUCAUACGAAAUUUGCCGCUGCCAUCGGCUGAGUUUACGCUGGGCACCAAAAAUGUGUUCGUGCGCAGUCCGCGCACCGUUUACGAGUUGGAACAGUUUCGUCGCCUGCGCAUCUCCGAGCUGGCCGUGCUGAUACAGAAGAUGUUUCGUAUGUAUUAUGCUAGGAAGCGUUAUAGGCGUAUGCGCCACAGUCAAAUGGUCAUCUCGAGUGCGUGGCGCACGUGGCGAGAGUGCCGUUUCGGCAUUCCCUUCACGGGCCGUAGGCAUUUGUGGAGUUUAUAUCGUGCCGCACGUGAGGAGUAUCGUUCGUUGAAGUACAAGCGCCAAGUGAAGUGGGCCGUUGAUGUUAUUGCGCGUUAUUAUCAUCAGUGGAAGAUACGACAGUAUUUGCUCACGAUUCCGCUGCGACUGCCACCCAACACACUGAGUCCCCUUUCGUCAGAGUGGCCAACGGCGCCUGGUUUUCUAGCGGAUGCGUCGCGUCUGUUGCGCUCAAUCUAUCAUCGCUGGAAGUGCUAUAUAUAUCGCAAUUCUUUUGAUCAAACCGCACGUAAUCGCAUGAGAGAAAAGGUUACGGCCAGCAUAAUAUUCAAGGAUCGCAAGGCUUCUUAUGCGCGCAGUGUGGGCCAUCCUUUUGUGGGCGACUAUGUGCGUCUACGUCACAAUCAGCAGUGGAAAAAGAUUUGUGCUGAGACAAAUGAUCAGUAUGUGGUAUUUGCAGAUAUUAUCAACAAGAUAGCUCGCUCCAGUGGCAAGUUUGUACCCAUAUUGCUGGUGCUAUCAACAUCGUCAUUGCUGCUGUUAGAUCAGCGCACGUUGCAAAUAAAAUAUAGAGUGCCUGCCUCGGAGAUCUAUCGCAUGUCUCUGAGCCCCUAUCUCGAUGACAUUGCCGUGUUUCAUGUGAAAGCGUCCGAAUUCGGUCGAAAAAAGGGCGAUUUUGUUUUUCAAACGGGACAUGUCAUUGAAAUUGUUACCAAAAUGUUUCUGGUCAUACAAAAUGCUUCCGGCAAACCGCCAGAGAUACACAUAAGCACAGAAUUUGAAGCAAAUUUUGGACAACAAACAGUCAUCUUCUCGUUUAAAUAUGGCGGCUUGUCGGAUUUGGCGCAAGGGCCGCCAAAAGUUACGCGCAAGGCAAAUCGCAUGGAGAUCAUUGUUUGAUUAUUAAGUUUUAUGCGGCUGUGGCAUAAUCAGGGUCCAGUCAUCUACAUACGCAGUUUUUUACAAUUGAUAUUUGUUUCCAACACGACCGCAUGCACUUUUUUUGGUCUCUUGACUUGGUCCCGGGGACCAAAAUACAAGUUUUUAGCAAUAUUUACAUACAUACAAUCAUACACAUACACAGACACAAUGAAUAAUGCAAUUUGCUCACAUCUGACAAUCAGUCUUCAAAAAUCGUUGUCAAAAUUGUGCCAAAAAAAAAAAAAAAAAUCCAAAAAAGGAAGGAAAACAAACAACAUAAAGUGGGAAAAAGAAAUAUUAACUAAUUUUAAACUGCACCAUUUCUUUCAUAUAUUUAAGUCCUAACUAACGAAAUGAACAACUGAAUUUAUUUAACUAAUUUCUCGAGCUAGGUUUAAUUGUAAGUCAAGCACCAAGUCGAUUAGCAUUGCAACAAACAACUACGUUAGGAACGUGACACAGUGGAGCGUUAGACAUUUUACACAAAAUACUUACGAUAUUUCCGUUAUAGAAACCAAGGCAUUUCUCUUACAUUUAAGGUUUCAUACACAAUAAUUAGUAAACUAAUGCUAGAGAACUCAGACAAGCAUAUAUAGCUUUUAAUAUUUACCAAACACAAUAUGUAUGCAAUUUCUGCGCCUCAAGAAACCAGUGAGAAACAUAGAAAUAUAUAUAAACAAUAUAAAAAACCCAUGUGAAACUUUUUCCCAAAUGUUAAUUAAGCAACUAUUUACAAGCCAGAACAUGUAGUUAAAUAUAUAAAACAAAUCUAUAUACAUAUUUAAUGGAUAAUACAUUUAUAAAUAAAUGCAUAUACAGAUGGGACAAAAUGCAACCGGAACCGAAACAAUACGAAGCCAAACAAAUGAAAAUUAUACGAAAGUUUGUUAAAACAGUUGAUCGUUCAGUUGUAUAUACACAUAUGCAAAUGCGUUGGAUGAUAUAUGUAUGUACGUACACGUACGUAGUUGUUUAUAUAAGUAAAUUGUUAUUGAUAGUUCUGACAGACCAUAGUUGGAUUUCACGAAUUGCAUGUUGUCAUUUGAACAGACCGAUCUAUGUGUGUAAAUUACCGAAUCAUUAGUAAUCGGAAGUAACACUAUGCCGAUCAAUAUGUAUGUAUGUAUGGGAAUAGUUUUUAUUUAGAUUUAAAUUACAUAGAAUACUUUGAAAAAGCCAAGUACAGACAAGUAUAUAUAUAUAUAUUUAAACACAAUCCAACCAGUUGGUAGUUUAUAAAACGAAAUGAAAUGAAAUGAAAUGAAACGAUAAGAACAAAGUUUAGUAAUAAUAAAGCGUACGUAUGAAAACCGU